AUGACAACACUCAUCACAGGACUAUUUUCUGGUAUGAAUAAUGCCACGGACUUGGCAAGUGGUGCAAUUGAUGUUGUUGUGGUGGAACAACCUGAUGGUUCCUAUAAAUGUACUCCUUUUCAUGUUAGGUUCGGAAGAUUGAAAGUUUUGAGAUCAAAGGAAAAAGUGAUUAGAAUUAUGAUUAAUGAUAAAUUAACGGAAUUGUGUAUGAAAAUUGGAGAGGCAGGAGAAGCCUAUUUUGUUCAUGAAGCAAAUGGACCAGUUGAUCGUGAUUUAGUUUGUAGUCCAAUUGAUGAUGUAGGAAUAGGAUCAUCGAUAUUUAGUCCAUCAGAUAAAUCAUUAACUAGUAAUACAAUGAAUAAUGAAAUUAGCCUAGUAGGAGUUGAUUCUUUCACCAGCCUUGAUCAAUCAUCAUCAUUACCUUCAUCUUCUAGUACUUCUUCGCUAUUAACUCUAUCACUUCAAUCUCCUAAUAAUAAUAAUAUCAACAACAACAACAAUACAACUACCACAUCUAAUACUAGUAGUAUUAAUAAUAAUGGAGUUGCAAUGACCUCUACAACAACAAUGGACCAAGCCUAUUUCAAACCAAUUAGACAAACAUCUCCAGUUGGAUCUCCAAACUUGACUGUUUCUCCAAUUAUGAAUUCGCCAUAUCUGCAUCCAACUGUUGGAAAUACUUUUGAUAUUGAUGAGGAAAUUAUUCAUGAAAAGUUCAUUCCUAUUAUUAAUGAUAGUUUAAUUCAUGAAAUGAGUGAAUUAGAUUUAGAAAGGGAAAAGAAGAGAAUGGAUGGUAUUACUACGAGUGGAAUGUUAAAUGGUACACCUUCUCCUCCACCAGGUAUUCCUUCCUCUUCUCUGAAUAAUAGUACUAUCAUUGAUAGUAAUAAUACGAGUGCAACUACUACAACUACUAAUAUUCCUACUACUUUAAAUAAUUUAACCACCAACGGUACAAUUACAACUGCAACUGCAACAACAACAGAUUUAUCAUCAACUGCAACAAAUAAUGGCACAAUUCCACCAAAAAAGAGUGGAUGGGGAUGGGCAGGAAUUUCAAGUUGGUUCGGAUUCAAAACAGAAAAUGAUGAAUUUCAAGGAAUUAAAACAAAAGGAAAUAAUGAAUUUGUGGAACAACAAUUUUUGGAAGUAAUGGCAAAACAUUACAAUUAUGAUGCUGUCUCUGGAAGAUAUAUUAAUAGUCCUGUGAAUUCUCCUAUUAAAUCAAAACCAACAACUUUCCCAACAAGUGAAUCCAGCAAUAAUUUAAAUAUUCCUAGAAAUGACUCUUGUAAAAAUCUAAUCAGUGACACUACAACAUCUGAUGAUGAAAUUUCCUAUGAUCCAUUCACAAGUUCAGAACACUUGGAAAAUGUAAAUUCUAAUGAAAAUGUAAAAUUAAAUGAUGAUACAACAGAUGAAGAGGAUGAAGAUGAAGAACAAAUGAUAAAUUAUCACUCUGAUAAUGAAACUAAUUUAUCCUCUCUCAAACCAUCACUUCCUCCUCAUAUGACUCAACGAUCUACUCCAAGGAAACAUUUUGAAUUAUCAGUACCAACUACUAAUUGUUCUAAAAGUGCUCCAGGUUCAAGUAAUUUUGAUGAAUUAUUCCAAGAACAUCAAUUAACCAAAAUGAAGAGAUUAAUUUCUCCUCCUUCACCUAAACCCAACAAGAUUGAAACAAGUAAUAAUUCAGAAUCAAUUGUAGUAACGACACCACUUGAAGAAAAUACUACCCCUCUCAUAACUACUCCUAAUUUAAUAGCAAUAACUCCCAAUACUCAAUCAAGUACUCAUUUGGCAGAUCCAAACCUUCAAAAAAAGAAUGAAAAUACAUACUGGAAAUGGUUUUGGUCUCGUCCAGGAUCAGGUUCCACUAAUUCUGUGUCUGCUGUCAACCCAACAACAACACAAAUCAAUAAUGAGGUGAAUAGAGUUAAUAAUCAACCACAAGUUUUUGAUCCAACAGGAGAAUUCAGAGUUUUGAAAAAGAGUUUAAAACCAACAUCAGAUGAGUUAAAGUCUUUAGGAUUAAAGGACGGAAAGAAUGAAAUUAAAUUUUUAGUGACGAGUAGAAUUUUGGGGACUCAAGAGGUUAAUGCAUACAUUUACUUUUGGAAAUAUUCAGAUAAGAUUGUCAUUUCAGAUGUAGAUGGAACUAUUACCAAAUCAGAUGCUCUUGGACAUAUUUUACCAAUGCUUGGCCAAGAUUGGUCACAUAGUGGUAUUGGUAAACUUUAUUCUAAAAUAGCAGAAAAUGGAUAUAGAAUUUUAUACCUCACCUCUAGGUCUAUUAUUCAAUCUGGAAGUACAAAGAGAUAUAUUUUCACAUUACAACAAGAAGAUGCCAUGUUACCAGAAGGACCUGUUGUAAUGUCUCCCGAUAGACUUUUUGCAGCUCUUCAUAGAGAAGUUAUUUUAAAGAAACCUGAAGAAUUCAAAAAGGCAGCUCUUUCAGAUGUUUUGGAAUUAUUCCCACAAGAUUCAAAUCCAUUCUUUGCUGGAUUUGGUAACAGAGUGAAUGAUCAAAUUUCAUAUUCAUUCGUUGGAGUACCAGACCACAAGAUUUUCACAAUCAACCCAACAGGUUUAAUUCAAGUUUAUGGAAUUAGUCAUGAUUCCUAUUGGAAUAUUUACAAACUUGUUGAUGAAAUGUUUCCAGAUCUUAAACAAAAGGUUGAUGAACCUUCUACGAGCGAAUUUAACAGUUUUUCAUUUUGGAGAAUGCCAAUACAAUCAGCAGCAGAUUUUAAAUAA